AUGGAUGAUUAUAGAGAAGCUUUGAUCCUGCCGCCUGCAUGGAUGAACAAGAGUCCAUCUGAAUUGGCAGAAUCGCAUCUCUUCAUUAUCUCUUGCUUUAUUGCUGGCCUUAUUGGUAUACUGACCAUCAUCUACACUGCCUUUCAAUGGAGAAGAAACAUCAGUCUUAGUUGGACAAAAGCCAUUGCAGGGACAAAAAAGGAUCCAAAAUCAAGUGGGAAGGAUCUUGUAGCACCACAUACUUGGUAUUUGGAAGGUGUAGCUCGUGGGAAAAGCUUCAACUGCUGUGUAUGCCUAAAAGAUCUUGUUGGUAGUUUCAUCCACCGGUGUAGCAUAUGUGGUGCGGUGGCUCACCUCAAUUGUUCCCCAAAUGCUCACAGAGACUGUAAAUGUGUAUCUAUGGUGGGCUCUGAGCACGUAUUACACCAGUGGGCGAUCCGGUGGACUGAGGUGAUAGAUCAACCAGAUGGAAGUUCUUUCUGUACUCAUUGUGAAGAACCCUGUAGUGCUUCUUUUCUUGGGGGGUCAGCAAUAUGGUGUUGUUUAUGGUGUCAGCGAUUAAUACAUGUUGACUGCCAUAGUAGCAUGUAUCGUGAAACAGGUGAUAUUUGUGAUAUGGGUCCUUUUAAAAGGCUGAUUUUAUCGCCUCUGAAUGUCAAGGGACUGAACCAGUCAUCAUCAGGUGGAAUCUUGAGUUCCAUUACUUAUGGAGCCAAUGAGAUUGCAUCUUCUGUUCGAGCUAGUAUUGUAAGUCAAACUAAGAAAAACAAGCAGGGAAACCGAGUUUCUGUAUAUGAUGGUAGAGGUAGUCUAGGGGAGUCAUCUACAGAAAGCACAUCAGAUGCUAAUCUAAAGAAUGAUGCUGGAAAACGUGAUGUGGUUAACAAAGAUCUGAGUUACAAAAGGGGUUCAUUGAGUCAUCAGAAAGAUGAGUCCCAAAUGGUACAGAUGAAGCAGAGAUAUGAGUUGGUCAAUCUGCGUCCAGAUGCAAGGCCGCUUUUAGUCUUCAUUAACAAGAAAAGUGGUGCUAAACGAGGAGAUUCAAUCAGAUUACGAAUGAAUAUUCUGUUGAACCCUGUUCAGAUAUUUGAGUUGAGCUCAAAAGAGGGACCAGAAGUUGGUCUUUAUCUAUUUAGAARAGUACCSCAUUUCAGRRUKCUURUAUGUGGAGGGGAYGGWACWGUWGGRUGGGUAUUGGAUGCCAUUGAAAAGCAAAAUUUUGUGUCUCCUCCUCCGGUUGCCAUUCUACCUGCCGGAACUGGAAAUGAUUUGGCCAGAGUUUUGAAUUGGGGAGGUGGUUUGGGGUCGGUAGAAAGACAAGGAGGCCUCUGCACUAUGUUGCAACACAUGGAACAUGCUGCAGUAACCGUCCUUGAUCGUUGGAAUAUUUCUAUUGCAAACCAAAAGGGAAGACCGAUUCGACCCCCAAAAUUUAUGAAUAAUUAUCUUGGGGUUGGAUGUGAUGCAAAGGUUGCUCUUGAUAUUCACAAUCUAAGGGAGGAGAAUCCAGAGAAGUUCUAUAACCAGUUUAUGAAUAAAGUUCUAUAUGCUAGAGAAGGUGCGAGGAGUAUGAUGGACAGAACAUUAGCAGAUUAUCCUUGGCAAGUUCGAGUGGAUGUAGAUGGUGUUGAUGUUGAGGUUCCUGAGGAUGCUGAAGGUGUUCUUAUUGCGAAUAUUGGGAGCUAUAUGGGUGGUGUAGACUUGUGGCAGAAUGAAAACGAAAACAAUGAUAAUUUUGAUCCUCAAUCUAUGCACGAUAAGAUGUUGGAGGUUGUGAGCAUAUCAGGAACUUGGCAUCUGGGAAAGCUACAAGUGGGACUUUCUCGAGCUCGAAGACUUGCACAAGGGAAGACCAUCAAGAUUCAGCUUCUUGCACCAUUGCCUGUUCAAAUAGAUGGAGAGCCAUGGUUACAGUCACCAUGCACAUUGACCAUUUCACACCAUGGUCAGGCAUUCAUGCUGAAAAGAACAAGUGAGGAACCACUUGGUCAUGCUGCCGGAAUAGUUGCAGAUGUGUUAGAGAAUGCCGAAACAAAUCUGGUGAUAAAUGCAACUCAGAAGCGAACUCUUCUUCACGAAAUGGCACUUAGAUUGUCCUAG